GUGAAAAACUUAGUUAGUUACAUUGUGUAAUUAGUAACUAGCUAUAAGUAGUUACUAAAUACUGAAUUUUUUUGGAUAGGAUUUUUGUUAUGGAUAAAUCAUGGAUGCGUGAGGAGAGAGACACACUGCGAUUUCAAGUAGGGUUCGAUGCAUUUUUAGAGUUUGCCUUAAAGAAUUCUACAAAUCACGAUCGUAUUCAUUGUCCGUGUGUAGAUUGUUGUAAUGUAUCUAAAGGGAAUAUUACAAUGAUUAAGGACCAUGUGUAUUUACGAGGUUUCAAUAGAAGUUAUACUAAUUGGUAUUACCAUGGCGAACAUUUACCUAAUGAUCCAUAUCCAUUAGGAAAGCGGGGGGUAGAUGAUAUCGAGGGUAAUGAUUUCGAUGAUUAUCCAUUGGACUUGCUUAACGAAGCACAGGAGGAAUUUCUUAAUGAUCCUGAGAAAUUCGAUAAUUUUCUUAGUGAUGCUGAUAAACCUCUGUUCGAUGGUUGUAAAAAACUAAGAUUACCAACAAUGGUAAAGUUUUACAACAUAAAAGCAGAAAAUGGAGUGAGCGAUAAAUGUUUUACUCAAUUUUUAGCUGCUUUUAAAGAUAUCUUACCAUUUGCCAACUGCUUUCCGGAAUCUACUUAUGAAGUGAAAAAAACGUUAAAUUCUAUAGGAUUGAAGUAUGAAAAAAUUCAUGCAUGUCCGAACGAUUGCAUUUUAUAUCGUAAGGAAUAUGCAGACAUGAAUUAUUGCCCGACUUGCGGUUUAUCCCGCCAUAAAGUAAACAAGAGUAAGGAGAAUAGGAAACUUAUCCCCCAAAAAGUGAUGUGGUACAUGCCUUUGAUUCCGCGACUGAAACGAUUAUAUCGUAGUGCAGAACAUUCUGAAAAUUUGAUUUGGCAUGAGACCAAGAGAGUGAAAGAUGGAAAACUUAGACAUCCUGUAGAUUCCCAAGCUUGGAAAAAAGUAAACUACAUAAAUCCUGAAUUCAAAUCUGAACCAAGACACAUUCGUCUCGGUCUGUCUGCGGAUGGAGUAAAUCCACAUAGAUCUCUAAGUAGUCGUCAUAGUUCAUGGCCUGUCUUCCUAGUUAUGUACAAUCUUCCUCCCUGGUUAGUGAUGAAGAGGAAAUUUAACAUGCUUUCUUUAAUGAUAUCAGGCCCGCAACAACCUGGACAUAAUAUCGAUGUAUAUUUGGAACCAUUGAUUGACGAUUUAAUAGAAUUGUAUGAGAACGGGGUUCAGGUCUAUGAUGGUUUUAAAAAAGAAUUUUUUAAUCUGAAAGCUGUGUUGUUGUGGACUGUCAGUGAUUUCCCUGCUUAUAGUAAUUUAUCAGGCUUAAGCACAAAAGGUUACGAAGGUUGUCCGAUUUGUUGCACUAACACAUCGGCUCGUCGCUUGGCAAAUGGACACAAGAUGUGUUAUAUGGGUCACAGACGGUACUUGCCUGCAAAUCAUCCUGAUAGACGGAAGAAGAAAGCAUUCGAUGGUACUGAAGAGGGUGAUAUGGCUCCUUUGCCACUGUCUGGGGAACAAAUUCUCCAACAAGUUCAACUUGUAGAUUUUAAGUAUGGAAAGACGCAAAAAAAUAAAAAAACUAAUGGUUGUUUUCAAAGAAAGUCAAUCUUCUUUCGUCUUCCAUAUUGGAAAAGUCUACUAGUUCGACAUUGUUUGGAUGUCAUGCAUAUUGAAAAAAAUGUGUGUGAGAGUAUUAUUGGUACCUUACUUGAUAUUCCCGGCAAAACUAAGGACGGUCUAAAUAGUCGUUUAGAUCUCGUUGAAAUGGGUAUACGACAAUCUCUGGCACCUGAGAAGAAAGGUGAACGUUUAUAUUUGCCUCCUGCUUGUUUCACUUUGUCCAAAAAAGAGAAACAAACAGUUUGCAAAUCACUUGCAAAUAUGAAAGUACCCGAUGGUUACUCGUCUAACAUCAAAAACUUGGUGAAUGAGACUGAAUUGAAACUAAUGGGUCUGAAAUCACAUGAUUGUCAUGCGUUAAUGCAACAUCUACUUCCAAUUGCCAUUAGAUCAGUCUUGCCAAAAAAUGUUCGAGAGUGUUUGACACAUGUUUGCAUUUUCUUUAAUAGGCUGUGCGGGAAGGAAUUAGAAUUGGAUAAGUUAGAUGCAUUACAUGAACAUGUAGUCAAAACAUUGUGCAACCUGGAAAAGUUUUUUCCGCCAUCUUUUUUCGACAUCAUGAUCCAUUUAAUGGUUCAUCUAGUGAGAGAAGCAAGGCUGUGUGGGCCGGUGUGGGCGAGAUGGAUGUAUCCAUUUGAAAGAAAUAUGAAGGUACUUAAAAGUUAUGUGCGUAACAACUAUCGGCCAGAAGCAUGUAUGGUUGAGUGCUACAUAUCUGAAGAGGCUGUGGAAUUUUGUUCAGAGUACAUGGCUGGAGUUGAGGCAAUAGGAAUUAGCAAACCAAGAACUGACUCAGAUGAUGUUGAUAGAGGAUUAAGGGGCAAAGGGACAAUGGUGACAGUGUCCAAGCUUGAACUAGAUCAAGCUCAAUUAGUCGUGAUGAACAAUAACGCAGAGGUUCAACCAUAUAUAACUGACCAUAUGGAGCUGUUACAAUCAAUGGUUCCAAGAAAUCAAAAAAAUAAACAAAAAUGGGUUGCAGACCAACAUCGUCAAACUUUCAUUGGGUGGUUAAGGAAUACCAUUAUAUCAAAGUUGAACGAACCGAAUCAUGGAGUAUCUGAUGUGUUGAGUCGUAUUGCCCUUGGACCAACUUUUGCGGUUGCAAAGCAUGAAGCGUACAUUGUAAGGGGUAAACGUUUUCAUACAAAGUCAAGAGAUGAUGCUCGAGAGGUUCAAAAUAGUGGUAUACAUAUCGUCGCAGAAACUAUGCACUUUGCAAGUGCAAAAGAUAGAAACCCUGUUUUAGGUACUAUGACGUAUUACGGGGUCAUUGAAGAAAUAUGGGAGCUCAAUUAUUUUGCGUUCCAAAUUCCACUUUUUAAGUGUUCUUGGGUUGACAACAACGUUGGAGUAAAAACUGACGAGCUUGGUUUUACUUUGGUUGAUUUAAGUAAGAGAGGAAGCAAGAAUGAUCCAUUCAUCAUGGCUAGCCAAGCAGCUUAAGUUUUUUACAUUUCUGAUCCGGCUAAUGAUAAAUGGUCUAUUGUUUUAUCGACACCAGAGAGGAGGUUCUUAGAGACUGAAGAGGAUGAGGAGAAUGCUGACUUAUGUUACGAUGACUUCAUUGUUGGACAACCAAUUCAUGAGCAACUCAUGGGAAUUGAUCGUAACAUUGAGGAAGACGACGCUGAAUACAUUAGAAACGAUAUCAAUGAGGGAAUAUGGGUCAAUUGUGAUUCAGGCAAACAUAAACAAAAAAAGAAAAGAAAACGUGUCUAAUUGGUAACUUGAUAUAUAGCUUACUUUAUAUUGUGGUUGUGAAUGGUCCUGAAUACUUAACAAUUUGUUUAUGCUUUUAAUAUUUCAUAUACACUACUUGUUAUAUAUAUAGCUAACUUUGAAGUUUGUUUGUUAAUGGUGUAGACAUGGCGAACU